GUACAGUGCGGACAGAGAACUCCACAGAGAGCUGAAUCAGAACAGCAGUGCAGAAUUAAUAGUGCAUCAAUCCUUUGCAGAUUUCUAUGCAGAAACCGUAGGCUCGGUGAAGAUGACGUUUGAGAAUAUCCUGGAGGAAAUCGGCGGUUUCGGGCCUUUCCAAAUCACCUUCAUGGUCCUGCUGUUCGUCCCUCGAAUGGUUCUGCCCUGCCACUUCUUAUUGAAUAACUUCAUCGCCGCGUCGCCUCCUCACCGCUGUGACAUCAGCACGCUGGGCGGCGGAGGACUCUUCAGAAAUUUGACUCGGGAGCAGAGACUCACCGUCGGCCUCCCGGUGCGAGAAGAUGGCGCCCCGAAAUCCUGCGAGAUGUUUACAGAGCCUCAGUUUCAGCUCCUGGCCAACAGCUCGGACGCCGGCAACCUGUCGACCGUUCAGUGUCGGAGUGGAUGGGUGUACGACAACUCCACCUUCACUUCCACCAUAGCAACUGAGUGGGACCUUGUCUGUGAUAGAAAGAGCCUGACACAAACCACAAGCUCAAUCUUCUUUAUUGGCGUGAUGAUAGGGGCCAUUACUUUUGGAUUCCUCUGUGAUAAGUACGGGAGGAAGAACACUCUCCUGGCCUCGUACGUCAUGUCCAUCGUGUUUGGCUUCGCCAGCGCGUUUGCAAACUCCUACAUUGUGUUUGCGGUGCUGAGAUUCCUCACCGGGUUCGGACUGACAGGAAUCAUCGCCAAUGUCGUUGUAAUCGGCAUUGAGUGGGUCGACACACGUCACAGGGCAUGUAUCGGAGUGGUUGGCAGCCUGUCCUGGUCUGUAGGUAACAUGCUGCUGGCCGGGUUGGCCUACCUGAUAAAUGACUGGCGGACACUGACCAUGGUGGUCACAGCUCCACUGGGCUUUGCGGUCUUGACCUGGUGGUGGAUUCCUGAAUCUGCUCGCUGGCUUUUGGCUCAUGGGAAAGUGGAAAAGGCUCAGUUUUACCUGGAAAAAUGUGCCAAGUUCAACAAAAGACCAAAGGUGUCAUCCAAUGUUCUACUGGAGACACUCUCCGACACGGAAAAGCAAGACAAAAGCUACACAUACCUUCACCUAAUCAAGACGCCCAAGAUGAGACGGUUAACUCUACUGACUGGGAUUGUGUGGUUUGGAGUUGCAUUGACCUAUUAUGCAAUCAGCUUGAACAUCGGUGGAUUUGGUUUGAACAUUUACCUCACACACUUCAUCUACGCUGCCAUUGAAGUCCCUGCUAAGCUGGUGAUCUAUUUCUGUCUCGACAUCUUCGGACGGAAGAAGUGCCAAGCAGGCACGCUGUUACUGACCGGAAUCAGCAUCGUCGUCAACAUAUUUAUACCACGAGAUCUGUGGCAUGUGCGUGUUGUUGUCGCCGUCCUUGGAAAAGGCCUGUCGGAAUCUGCCUUCACGACCGUCUUCCUCUACACAACCGAGCUCUACCCCACAGUUGUCAGACAAAACGGUAUGGGCUACAGCAACUUCAUGAGUCGUCUGGGCGUGACCGUGGCGCCGCUCGUCCUGCUGCUGGUGGACGUGUGGUCCGUUCUUCCUCAGAUCAUCAUCUGCACCGUGGCCAUCGGCUCUGGCCUGGCGGCUCUGCUGCUGCCAGAGACGCUGAACGUGAGGCUGCCGGAGACGAUCGAGGACGUCGAAAAAACGAGAGGAAAGGAGGUCUCCUCUCACUCCGCGGAGUCUCCAGCUGAUAUCCUGGAAUUGAAGAGCACGACUGACAUGUAGCAGUGUUUCAUCACCAUUGUUUCAUGUCCACACACAACAUACAGAGCGGCUAUGUACUCACUGCCUUUACAGGUGUAAACAGCGGCGAUGAGCCCGUUGUUAUCAUGUAUAGAAAAUGUUGUCAUCACUGCUGUUUGUUAGAAAAUGGGUCAAAACACGUUUGGAUGCUUUGUAAACAUAAAGAUGCAAUCAGAUAUUGAAGAGAAUGUAUUUAUAUAAAGGUGCUGGAAAGGUAAAUAGUUUUAGUUGAGUAUAUUUUCUCUGUUCCCUGAUUUAAGUGUGGAGAGAGAAACCCUUUCACGUGGGUCAACAGAUCUCUGUGAGUGAAACCUUUUGUUUGUACCUUUCACACGGGCUGUUAUUAUUAUAGCAUUAUCCCGCCUUUAUCGAAUUUCUGUGUGAUAGGUACGGACUCGGGAUGAGUGGAAUUAGUUCAUCAUCUGCGUCAAAGGAACAGCCGGUGUUCAAGACUACACGCCAACACUUGUUGUAUCCGGAAGUCUGACGGACUCAGUAUCCGAUAUACAAGAUUUAGUUGACGCAAGCCAAGGCAAUCAAUUAGGCUGAAGGCCGACAUGCUUUGCACACACAUCAUCAUCAAGGCUAAUCUCGUUAACAAUAAGGCCACUCGCACAACACCACGCAACAUCUCUACGUAUGCCCUGCAGACGAAUACACACACUUGCCUCUCACACACUUGUGUGUCCUUGUAACUAAAUUAUGAUCUCAUGUACUAUUUAUGUCUCCUUUGUCCUUUACCGGGUGUAACCUUGUAUUGGUUCAGGUGGCGUGGGGUAACAAGAGGUUCUCUAAACUCAAUUAGCAUUGUGGACCAUUUGGAACAGCGCCACGCAUGCAGAAGAAGGCCUUACCAGAAACAGACGAGUAUUCGAUG